CGUUUUGUUCGUCUGCUCCUGCCGCUUUCUAUGCACGUGUACGGUUUUUCGUAUGCUCGCAGCAUUGCUCUGCAGUUAAGCAUUUCGCUUCUGUGCCCGCGAGCGUUCCUGCAAUGUUGGAAAAACUGAGAAAAGGACACAAGGCGUGCUGCGUGGCUGUGCGGUGUGGCAGCUCGGGGGGCAACGCAAGGACGCAAUUUUUCCGUUUCCCCGUGGACGAGAGUGGGACAUCGAUACGCACAUCCUCACGGGCACCUCAAACUACGGUGUAAAAGCCGCUGCAGCACUUCAGGCGUUGUACAGAUCAUGCGUCACGGAGAUAUGGCAGCCAGAUCAGCGACUGAGAGACAUCCUGGCGGCCGUUUUUGAAAUCGCUAACACCACGAAGCACAUGAGCCGCGCCCAACUUCUGCGCUUUGCCUUGGAAGUCCAGACACGGUACGAUCUCCCUUUCUACUUCACUGUUUACGACUACCACGGUAACAUCUACUUCACAAGGAAGUUGCUCCGGGUCGCGGCCUACAGACAGUUUUGCGACGACGCCUGUUAUUCCACCGCCCUGUCCGCAUUUAACGCGCACUUCGGCGCUAACCUCACCAAAGAACAAAUAGCCGCGUGGGAGCAGCUGUUUACUGACGACAACACUCAACCAGACGUCAUCGCUUGGGAAGAGAUUUCCGCGGUUUUCGGAGGCAUGGAAGCUGAGCAGUUCAAGGCCAUAUUGCGAGAGUUCUUUACCUACGUCGACACCGCGACCUCGGUAAUUGUGUCAUCCAAGCCGGAGCUGUUCGCCGACAUAGCGCGUUUUUGGAACGUCGCAAAUCAGCCCCUGUCGCUGUGUCACGCACUGAUCAUCGUCGCACUUAGUGCCCUGGAAUGGAUCGUCUUCGGAGACGCAGAGUUAAACUCGCCCACUCUGCGUAGCGCAGACAUCUGCCAGCUUCACCUCCGCGGAAACCUGCAGUUGUGGAGGGCCACUUACGUCGCGGCCCUCACGAGCCCCGACAAGGACCGUCAACUGCGCGACAUCUUCGAGGCGACACGGCGGAGCUUCGUCGGUUACCAGCCGCUUCGACAGCUCGUGGCAACCGGAAACGACACGGCGAACUUCGAGGAUCUAAUGCGGAGCUUCACUCUCAUGCUUCCGGGUGACCUCGUCCUGCCGGAAAUGGGCGCGCCCGUGUUGAACAACAGUGGUUUCGUGCGCAACAUCUUCCGCGCGACGAGCUUCGAGUACGACGUAAGAGUUGAGAAGCAGCAACGAGGAAUGCCUGCCCUCCCCCAGAGUUUCCUGGAAUAUGCGGCAGAACGAAUCAUGUUUGUAAACAAGAGCACUCUCUAUGUUAGUGCGCCAGCGUACGCCUGGCUGAGCGCCGGUACUGCCAAUCCUCUACUCGCGGAUGCGCCGGUCAUUGCGAGCCGCAUGGCGUACUGGAUGUGGAGCAACGUCCGCCAAUGGAGUGGCUGGUCUACAAGGACACAAGUCGUGCUUAAGUCCUUUCAGUAAGGUCUUUGCCGUUACCUAGAAAUACCUAGAAACCUAAAAAACCUAAAACCUAGAACCUAGAAAUAAUAAUCAAUUCCUGCAUUUUGUCGAAUUCGUAUUUUAUGGUUGGAUCGGCUUAUAGAUCAAACCACAUCAAAUCUAAUCUUUAGUUACGUUACCAUGAUCACCACGAUCACUAAAUACGAGUACGCUCUUUUAUACUUACUAAAAAUAUACAACACUGCGGAAUUCCGCACACUGCACAAUCGCGAAACAUGUUAGAGACGGGACAGUUCUUCCUUGGGUGAUUGUGGCUACGGGGUUGAGGGGGUCGACGUGAUUUGUUGAGUAUAACGGCCGCACGUGUGCGCCAUUCAUUAUUUUUUUGCUUCACUGCUUUGGCCUAUUGCGGCUCGGAGUACCUCCAAGCACAUUGAUGGGUACGUCCGGUAGGAGUAAUAAAGGAAAGCAAUUUUGCUUUACAAUAACUACACUGGUUCCACGUAGGGACGCCCAUUCUAUGUAGGAUCACAUUAAAUAUCUGAUUUCACAUCGGGA